AGUUUGGGCUAUUGUUCCCUUUUCCACUCACUUUGUUGCUAGAGCAUAGGCGGAUUUUAAUGAGUCAUGGAUACCCUAGUGCGGAAUGAAUGUCUGCUGCCUCUGGGUAUCACAUCUAGUAAGUUAACUGUGAUGACCCAAAUCCUAACCCAAAGAAUUCAGGUCGAAGCCCAAAUCCAUUCCUAGAGGCCCAAGGUUUUUUUUUUAUAAAAACCCACAUUUAUCCACUUUAGUUCCUCACAAACUUUAUGCAAAAGAAGAAGAAGAGUUAGAGAGAGAGUGAGCUAAGAGAAGAGGUGUGAUCUUUUACAGUGAGUGGGUCGCCGGAGCAACCGUGUGCCGUGAUCACGUUCAGCUCGACACCACCGUUCGCAACCCUAGACCACCAUCGUGUUCCUCUCGUCGAGACGAAGCCGUAGACACCAACCACGCCGCAAUCGGAGCCCGGACGAAACCGCUAGAGCCUCCCGAAGUUUCGCCUCUGCACGAGCGUGAAACGCACGCGCCAUCGCCGUCCGCCGGAGCCACCGCGCAUCCCGGCCACUCGCCGCCGUCUCCGACCAACGUUCGCCGGAGCCGCCGUGACCGGCCACCGUCCGUUCGCCGCCGAGAAGCUGCCGCCGCGUCGCCGUCUCGCCGCCGUCGCCGCCGUUGAUUUUCCGGUAAGCCGCCGCCACCCUCCGCCGUCGCCGCCGGUGACAAUUGUCCGGUGACUCGCCGACGACUCGCCAACUCGGCUGAUUCGACCCGGUGAGUCAACUCGGUGACUCGGUUAACCGAUUGGAUUGACUGGUUUAAAUUGAUUUAGGGUUGGUUAGGUUAAACCGCCGGUUAAAAUCAAUUGGAUUACGGUUAAGAUAAACCGGUUAGAUAGAUUAAUUAAUUAAUUAAUCAAUUGAUGGUUAAGGUAAACCGGAUGGUCCAAUUGGAAUCGAUUUCGGGUGAGUUAAACCGGUUGGUUUAAAUCAAUUCCAAUCUGGUCAAGGGUUGACCGGUUUGGGUCAGAGUUGACCGGGUUGACCUUUGACCAGCGUGUUGACUUUUCCGUAAACCUUGACUAAACCCGUUUUAAACCGUUCGAAAGCCGUUCCGACUCAGAAUUUCGCCCUGAUUUCAGAUUUGGAAUCUAUUUGAGCAGCUGGAGUUCAUAGAUACCACAUCUUCUUGUUGCUAAGGUGAGGGCUUCUCCGUUUAAAUCCUGAACUAGUUUAGUACUACCAUUAUGGAAAGUUUAGUUUCGAAACAUGAUCCGUCUCUGUGAAUCGAGUCUGUUUGAGAGUCUUGCUUGUUCAUUAUUGAUAUUGAUUGUUAAACCGGAAAUAGGAUAAUAGAGGAUUCAACGGUUGAUUGAAAUGAUUGAUGUUAAGAACUGUUAAAUAUAUAUAUAUUUAUAUAUGCUAGUCCAUGUGUUGAGAUUGCGGGGUGCAGAGGUGAUGGCACUAGGCCGCAUGUUUGAGAGAUCACGGGGUACGGAGAUAUCUGUACUAGGCCGUGUGUUUAGCGGGGUACAGAGACGUUUGUACUAGGCCGUUUUGUUUGAGAGAUCGCGGGGUACGGAGAUAUCUGUACUAGGCCGUGUGUUUAGCGGGGUACAGAGACGUUUGUACUAGGCCGCUUUGUUUGUGGAGAUUGCGGGGGUACAGAGUGGACUACUGUACUUACGACGCUUGUAGAGUCAUAUAUAAUUAUAUCCUUAUAAGGAAAUGCGGUAUGCUAUUAUCGCAUUGGUUGUAGCAUGUCUAGUCCACUAGACAUAUGUUGAUUGUUUUGUGUGGUGUAAUAGACGCCGUGUUUGUUUCAUGCUAGAGCUAGGCCUACAUUUUAGUAGUGCUAUGAACUCAGUCAGUGGUUUGCGGUUUAGCAUCCCCAUACCUCACUGGGCGAUUCCCCUGUCGCUCACCCCUCCUUCUUUCCCCUUUCAGGUGAGACCGAUGAGCAGGAGUGAUUAUACCGGACCGGUGCUUUUGGGCUUUUACUACUAUCGAGCUUUGGACUUCUAUCCAUUUUAUCGUUUUAUCGCUUUUGGGCCUUGGGCUCCUAUCUAUCGUUUAUGUUAUCUCGUAUUUCGAACUUUCGGUUUAUGUCAUACUUUAUAUUUCGGAUGUUAUCGUUAUUGGGCCUUUAAGCCUUGUGAUACUAUAUUGACUUUUAUAUUUAUAAAUGGAGAUUUCAUAAACUAUUAUUUAUCGAAUUGUUUUUAUUAUUUCGAAAGUGACGGGUGUCACAGUUUUGGUAUCAGAGCGGGGUUCCAUCCCGGCUCCGACCCGGGAUGGCGAUUUUGGAGACUUGGUUUUAUUUGGUUUUAUUCGAUUUUAACGGUUUUAGACGAUUUCAAAAUAUUUUCGGGGAUUUGGGAAUUUUGAAAACAAAAAUAAAUAGCACCUUUUCGUUCGGUAUCUCUCCUCUUUAAAUGUUGUAUCAAGAAUUCAACAGAAGCUUACUUUUUCGCUUUCCCUUUCAGAUGCCGCCUAGGAAGAGAGUUGUUCGUACUCAGACCGUCAGAGACGCUAGAGAGGUUGAGGCUGAGGACGAGCAUGUCCAGCCUGCAGUUCCGCAGCAGGCGGCUCCGCCUAUUGAUCAGGAUGCUUUGAGACAGAUGGUUCAGGAUGCGGCUAGGCAGGCUGCACAGGAGGCAGUCCAGCAAGCUGCCCAGGAGGCUGCCCGAGUAGCUGCUCAGGAGGUUGCUAGACAGAUGGCUGCAGUUCAGCAGGGUCAGCAGAUUCCGCAUGGUCCUCAGGUUCAGGUGCAGCAGGGUCCGCAGAUUCACAUGCAGCAGGCCCCACCUGUUCAGGUUCAGCAUGAUCAUCAGGUUCCACAUCAGCCGGCUCCAGCUCCGCAGUAUCCUCAGGUUCCCGUUCAGCCUGUUCCAGGAGUUUUUCAGGUUCCACCGCCACCACCUGCUUUCCCAGUUCAGGUGCCCGAGGUUGAUGAGACAUUUAUCAGGGUGUUGGGACAGAUGAAGUAUGUGAGUUUGGAGCAUUUCAGUGGGACGACGGAACCUACAGUUGCUCACGAUUGGAAGCACAGUUUGGAUAAGUGUUUGAAGACCAUCUCGUGCCCGCCAAGGCUCAAGCUUAACAUCGCUGAGCUUUAUUUGCGUGGAGAUGCAUCAAUCUGGUGGGAUGGAGUGAGAUUGAUGCACCGUGGUGAGCUGACAUAUGAUGAUUUUCUGUACGCGUUCAACAAGAAGUAUUUUCCGAGAGAAGCUUUGCAUGAGAAGAAGAAUGACUUCGAGCAUUUGAGGCAAGGAGCAAAGUCUGUGAGGGAGUAUGAGCGGGAGUUUAACCAACUCCGCAGAUUUGUGGGUAACACCAUUGAUGAGGAGGAUCUGAUCAGGAGGUUCUUAGAUGGGAUGCGAGUAGAGCUUCGUGGUAGAUGCAGUGUGGUUACCUACACCAGUUUGGAGGAUCUGGUAGAGAAGGCGGCUGUGCAAGAGAAAUGCAUGGUAGAGGAACAGAAGUUCUCCAAAGGAGUUCAGCCUAAGGCCGGAGGGACUUCGGGAUCACAGAAGAGGACUUGGGAACAGACUGGAGUACCCCAUUGUGGGCGUUGUCGUCGCCAGCAUUUUGGGGAAUGUCUCCAGUGCUUUAACUGUGGUCUGUUUGGGCAUAUCUCGAAGAAUUGUAGGAAGCCGCCACGUACUCAGGUUGCAGCGCCAGCAGCGGCAGUAGCACCAGUAGCGGCAGCGAGGAACUGUUACGGAUGCAACCAGCCUGGUCACUUUUACAGAGAUUGUCCGAGGAGGGGCAAUGCAGCGCUUCCACCACCACCGAAGCGUCCAGCCAUCGCUCCACGCGUGUUUGCGGUUGGAGAUCCCCAGGGAGCUGAGCCGAUAGCGGGUAUGUGACUU